AUGGACAAACUCUAUAACUUCAUAAACUACUUCCAUAAAGACGACACCAUAAAUAGGUCUACACUCGGCGUGGACCGCGUUCGUGGUGGUCUGGCGUUUCUUCGCUGGAGAGGCUCGGACUUGAUAGCGUUGAUAUUGCUCUUUGUGUUAUACCCUAUAGUGUACCGCAUUGAACCGUUCCAAAGACAGUUUUACGUGGACGACUUGACGAUUUCUCAUCCUUUCGCUGAACACGAGAGAGUCACUGCCGGUGAGCUUUUCUUCUAUGCUUCGGUGGUGCCUGUGGCUGCCAUUGGCGUCAUUUCCAUCAUCAUCACGAAACCUCAGCAUAAGGUGUACGUGACGUAUGUGUCUAUUCUUGGGCUUUUGCUUUCGGUGUUUAGCGCUAGCGUGAUUACUGAUAUCUUGAAGAAUGCGUUUGGAAGACACAGACCAGACUUUUUGGCUCGCUGUGUGCCCAAGCCAGAUACUCCCAAGGGAGUGCUUGUGUUUGCUAAGGACGUGUGUACGACGAAAGACGUCGGCAGGCUUUUGGACGGGUUCAGAACGACGCCGUCGGGCCACCUGAGUAUCUCGUUUGCAGGGCUUCUUUUCCUCAGUCUUUGGAUUGCAGGCCAGCUUGCUGUGACGAGACCAUACUCAGGCGCUUGGAGAUGGGCUGUUGCUGCUGUGCCCACCGUGGGAGCUCUGCUUAUUGCUUUGAGCAGAACCGAGGACUACAGACACCAUUUUAUCGACAUAACGGUGGGUCUGAUUCUCGGUAUCUUGAUCGCUGUGUGGCUGUACUUGAGACUCUUCCCCUUGAUCAACCACGAGAAGAGCUACGAGCCUAGGGUUAUUAUUGACGAGGAGGCCGACUCCCACCAGUACAGCCCUGUUUAA